AUGGCAUCUCUCAAGCUGCAUAACUCGCUGCACCCUGGCGCGCCGGUUCCGUUUGUUCCCAAGGAAGACGGCAAGGUUAGCUGGUAUGUCUGCGGACCGACAGUCUACGAUAAAAGUCACUUGGGCCACGCGCGCAACUAUGUUACCUCGGACGUCAUUCGCCGCAUCUUAAUGCAUUAUUUCAAGUUUGACGUCAGGUAUGUCAUGAACAUUACAGAUAUUGACGAUAAGAUCAUCAUCAAAGCGAGACGACAGCGGCUCCUCGACGUCGAGAAGAAGAAAAAAUACUCCGCCGAAGAAUUGAAGCAAUUGGGUUUGAGCGCAUUGCUUGCAUACGCACAAAAAAGCCUGCCUCUCCUAAUCGAGGCUGAGGCGAACCUCAACGAGUCCAACUACCCAGCCGCCAGAGACAAGGCCUAUGCCAAGGUCCUCGCUGGAGGAACGCUGACUGGCGAGGGCAAGCCGAGCGACGCUGAAGCCAAGAUCAAGAUGCAUAUCGGCAACAUGAACGUGGCUGCCGAGUCUAUCAAAUCUGGUCAGGUCCAUCCUGGCUGCGACGAGAUUCUGCUGCCCUACCUCGACUCUUUGUACAAGGAGACAGUAGAUACCAGCGAUCAGACCAUGUUCACCGACCUCACCAAGGCUAUGGAGGACCUUUUCAUGCAAGAUUUGGACUCGCUCAACGUCUUGCCUCCCGAUGUUAUUACUCGUGUCACCGAAUACGUUCCUCAAAUUGCCGACUUUGUCCAGCGCAUUGUCGAAAAGGGCUUUGCGUACGAAGCGGACGGCUCCGUCUACUUUGAUAUCACCGCCUUUGAAAAGGCUGGCAACACAUAUGCCAGACUCCGACCCGAUAGCAAGAACGACAAGGCCCUGCAAGAGGAGGGCGAGGGUGCCCUAUCCACCAACCUGGGUGGCAAGCGCUCGCCUGGCGACUUUGCGCUAUGGAAGAAGUCCAAGCCCGGUGAGCCUUUCUGGCCGAGUCCGUGGGGUGAGGGUCGUCCGGGCUGGCACAUUGAGUGCUCUGUGAUGGCCUCAGAUGUUCUCGGCUCACAGAUGGAUAUUCACUCGGGCGGCAUCGACCUUGCAUUCCCCCACCACGAUAAUGAGCUCGCUCAGAGUGAAGCUUACUUCCAUGAGCCCGGUAAGGGUGAGCACACCUGGGUUCGCAACUUCCUCCAUACUGGACAUUUGCACAUUGCUGGCUCCAAGAUGUCCAAGUCCCUCAAGAAUUUCCAGACCAUCCAAGAUGCUCUCGCCACCACAUUUAACGCUCGCCGCAUGCGCAUUGUCUUUUUGAUGGGCAAGUGGAACGACGGCGUUGAAAUUUCUCCUGACAUGAUUACCCAGGCGGAUAGCUGGGAAUCCACCAUCAGCAACUUCUUCACCAACACAAAAUCCUGGCUUGCUGAGUCUGGUGCUAGCAGCGGCAUCCAAAACCUGUCUCUGUCCGGCAAGUCUGGCUCUCCCCUCGUCACAGAGCUGGAGCAAGCCAAGUCCGAGGUUGACGCCGCCCUCUCAAACUCCUUCGAUACUCCUCGAGCCAUGCUCGUCAUGCUGAAGCUUGUCAACACCACAAACGCCUACCUCAAGGACAACAAGGAUGUUAAUCUUGCCGAGGUUGAGGCUAUCGCCCGAUGGCUCACUAACAUAGUUGGCAUUUUCGGCCUUGACGCCAACGCCAAGCCCCCUUAUAAUGGCCUUGGGUGGGCAUCCGUUAUCGCCGAUAAUGUCGACCCGAAGACGGCUGUUCAGCUUUACAAGUCCAUGAUGGACAAAGUCAAGGCCGAUGUAAAGGCGCUGUCAUUGGAUAGCGAGGUCAUUUCUACACUGAUUGCCAAGGAUCCUACUACUGACUUUGACGCAAUUGCCCAAAGCGGCUCCAAGGACAUCGAGCAGCUGUCUCUGCCUUACCUACGCGUGGCUGCUCAGCUCCGUGAUGAGCUGCGCCGCGUGGUUUCUGCUCAAGCUCCUGAUGUCAAGAAGGCUAUUCUUAGUCUUACCGACCGCAUCCGUGACCAUGACUUUACGAACCUGGGUGUUUAUCUCGACGACCGUCCAGACAACCAGCCUUCUCUCAUCAAGUUCAUCCCCGCCGCGGAGCUCAUUGCGGCGCGCGAGGAAAAGGCUGCCGCUGCUGCUGAAAAGGCAAAGAAGAAGGAGGAGGCGCGCAUUGCGCGAGAGAAAGCCGAACAGGAGGCCCGCGAAAAGGCCAAGAUGCCGCCCGAGGAAAUGUUCAAGACAGACGAGCGCUACAGCGCUUGGGAUGAGCAGGGGUUGCCGACUAAAAUGAAGGAUGGCAGUGACGUCCCCAAGAGCCAGCAGAAGCAGAACAAGAAGAACUGGGAUAGACAGAAGAAGGCGCAUGAUGACCUCAAGGCCAAGGGAGGCCUGUAA